GAUUUACAGAAUCUUGUGCUCCACCGCCUGGAUUAAUAGGGCUUUCACCUACGUCUGCCUUUACCACGCGAAGUCGUGCAUUAGGUGAACAAAUUGAAAAAGCUACUCUAAUAAGUUCCGCCAAUAUUAUAAAUGCACCAAUUCGAGAGGCCAGCGAUCUUCUCUGCUAUGAUUUUGACGAUUCUUGCCAUUGGCACAACAUGGAAUUUGGUAUAGACAAACUUACUUGGUAUCAAGGCGCUGGAACUCUUGAUCCCAGCCGUCUUCAGGUAAUUCUUAGUAUCUUUUUGAAGAUUUCCACCUCCACCAGUACUUCUCCAGAAGGGACAUACGCCAUUGUUGCAACAGACAGUGUCAAAUUACCGAGGAAUGAAGCUGUUUUAGUCAGCGACGUUAUCGAAUGCCAGAAAGGAUCCGCUGAACUCCGAUUUAUGUACUGGUCCAGUCCAGAUGUGCAAAUUACAGUGUGUACCAAGCGAACAACAAGGAUUUAUCCGGAUUUUGAUUUCUGUAAUCCGCCAAUAGAAACUGGUGAUCCAGGCCCAGCAUUCUUAAUAAUCAAUAAUGUCGACCAACAACCUUUCCAGAUUUUUAUUCGAGCUAGCAAUUUUGUAUUUCGCGCACCUAACCUAGAAGGAGGAUUUGCAAUCAUUGACAAUAUUGAGUACUACGGAGAACUGUGCUCUGGAUCUCUUAAUUUUGUAACAGAUACGACUGACGAACAAGUACCCGACGAGUCAACCCACGUCGACUACGGCGAUCAUCACUUUGCAUUUCCGGAAACUCCUAACUCCUUAGAUAGCAAAGUACCAUACGAAACAUUUGAAGUUGAGGAAUUUACAUCAGAUCCUUUACUAGCACCGAUUACUACCUCACCUUUUGCUACUUCUCUUACAUCGAUGAAGAAUAAUAUGGCCGUUGCAAGGGACUUCGUUGUAAAAAUAACGGAUACAGGACCACUUCUAACGCUGUGCAACACCUUGCACUGUAAUUUUAGUACUAGCCCCUGUAAUCACUAUGUUAGAGGCAGUGAAUGGCGACUAUCGCACGGGCCUGUUGGAAAAUCAUCUCGAGGUAUUGGUGGGGAUGCUUCUCAGUUACCGUAUAACCCAGAUGGCGCUUUUGUUUAUAUAAAAGGACCAGUUGACAGAACUCGUCUAAUCAUACCACCUUUUGUUGCAAAAGCAAAGUUUUACUUUGCUUUUUGGUACCAUAAAUCUUCAAAGUACAAUAAAUUGCGAGUCCUGACUAAACGAAAUGACGAGGAAUUUGAACACACACUCUACAUGGCGCCUGAAAAUAACAAAAAUUCAAGGAAGUGGUUUAAAGAAAUUCGAAUCCUACCUGCAGGACCAUAUGAUUAUAUUGCUUUUGAAGCUGGAGAUCUCGAUAAAGAUGACUAUGUAGCAGUUGAUCAGUUAACUGUUUUAGAUGGAGCUCGUAACUCCAUAUGCACACCGACAACCUUAAGCACUUCCUUAUAG